AUGACUGGAAAAGCACCGACUUGUAAAAAAAAAAAAUAUUAUAGCCAAAAUGGGAAACGAAUGAAUCUGAUAGAAUUUCUCCUUGGAAACACGCCAGCUAAAACUAAUGCUGAUGAACAACUGCUAUUUACGCGAUGGUGUUAUCCAAGUUUUCCCCGAAUUUGUAAUCAUUCAAAAUACCGUGAAAAUAAUGCUCGAUUACUGGACGGAAAGGCGAAGUGUUUAAAGGUGUUGUUCGAAUGCCACACCACAGCUUCACAUUCUUGA